CAUUUACAAUGUCAAAUUAAUAAUGCUAUUGGAUGGAUGAAAUUAUGUAACUCGAUCUUUUUUCGCGAGGAAAGAAAAUCCUAUGUCCAGCACGUACGCACACACAUAUACAUAUAUGCUCAUUCGUACAUACUUUCUUGUGUUGUGUACAUGUGCAGACAAGAGCAGUAAAACAGUCCGAGAUGGGCGAGCCGAAUGAGUGGAGGGCCAGGUUCGACGGCGCCAAGCACUCGGUGGUGUAUAUCCAGUUCGCCCCGCUGCCAGGCAUGGCGAACGAGAUCCAGAGGCUCGCCGACCGGGUGCGGAGCAUCGAGGAUGAGCAGGAGAGACGGCUGGCCGUUAGGAGCCCAAGCACCUGCGUCGGCUUCGUCCACAGCUCGACCAACGGCGACGACGAUGAUGCUGCUGCAUGCCACCUGAACGUGAUGACAACAGCCCAUGCCCUCAAGCAUGUCUACAGCUGGGCCGAUCCGCUCACCAUUGAGAAGGCGCGCCUCUUCCGUGCAUCCGUUGUCUGCUAUCAUCGCGAGGAAGCUCGCAGGCUGUCCAGGCUGCCGGAGGAGAGCAGGAGGUACGUGGAGGCCAAGAUCACGGCGUCGUCGUGGGCACACGACAUACUCCUGCUCACGGUCGGUGUCGAGGCUUUGAGAAGCUUCCACGCCGAGGUCUGCCCCGGACCGCAUCCGCACCCGGCCCUCCCCGUGGCCCCCAAGAUGCCGAGGAAGGCGAUGCGGUGCAUGCUGCUGACCUGGCCCGAGGUGGACGGGCCUCCAAGGGAUGCCAUGGGGUGGACGAGCUGCUCCAGGGGGGUGGAGAUGAUGAGUACUAACCACCUGGGAUAUAGGAUGAUCCUCGUCGAGGUUGACGUAGACAGCGUGGCCGGGAUGUCCGGUGCGCCACUUGUCGACGCCGACGGAAUGGUCAUCGGGAUGCUCCAUGGCGGGUUUGGGGGCACCCACUCCUACUUCGUGGCAUGCCCCCAUCUCUAUCAGUGGGCGAGGCAGAACCGAACCCGCACACGCAUAGUGAGGAGGAUUGGGGUGGCGAGUAGCUGGGCAACAUUCAAGGCUGGCUAACUCGACUGUGCAUCACGUUGCCACGUUGGUAUAGCUCGUUACAUAUAUACGCUAGUUUGCUUGUACAUACUGGCUACAUCCAGGAUCCAUCGUCCUCCAUUUUUUUGCAGGGACGAUUGCAGAAAGUAUUGCAUGUUGCAAGCUCAUUUUGCAUGUAUUGCAGUCAAUCAUGUUGCAAGCUCAUUUCUCACACACAGAGAGAGAGAAAGACUAGCUAGUAGCUAGCUAGCUUGGGAUCCAUCCCAGCCUCUCUCAGACAGACACACAAAAACAUACAGGCUACAGCCGCAACGCUCGUCGAAUAUAUAAAUACAUACGACAAGAGCAUGCUUAGCUUGCGAUUCACGUAUAGCAUGAAUCUGCAGUAGAAAGUGCAGGGUCUAACAGAGCACAGUUUGACAAAAUCCAGGCAUCUCAAACUGGCACUCGCAAGUUUGGUUACAUUUUCAUUUCAAACCAUGCAUGGCAAAAGUAGUCACAGCUAACAAAAGUACGUAGUUUUAUAAUGAUGAUGGGCUGAUCUAUAAUCACAAGUUCUCAGUAGUCAGUACUCAUCAUGAGAAGCAGGGGACAAAGAAAACCUGAUGAAUCAGUUGCUGCAACUCAGAGCCACCCGGCCGCAUAAAGAACAUGUCUCCUGAUCAUCUAGGCUCUAUAGAUAGAAAACCUUAGAGACGGCAAGGGAAAAUUAAUGUAAGCAGCUGGCCCGGUUUGGAAAAAAAUAAUAUAAGCAGCUGGCAAGAAAUUCAAAAUCCCACGUGAAAUUGGAGCUUAAGAUCUUGAAAGCAGUUUGUAGUUAACUCUUUAAGUCUUAACUGCAAUACUUCAAACUUUGAAGCCUUUUAGAGUUCCUGCUAUGAUCUAGUGCACAAUCUCCACUCAUCUACGGCACAAAACCACUUAUCUACUAGGGAGUGUUUCAAUAUAGACAAGAGUGGCCCCUAGUGCAUUUUUGUUCCGUCUAUUUCUAGAAACUGCCAAGCAAGCCCAGCCCGGCCCCAAAUAGGUAGGGAACUACUCCUUCCGUUCCUAUCCGUUCCUAAAUAUAAGUCUUUUUA